AAUCAGAUCAUCGUCGUGUUUUAGCGAAUCUAGGUUUUUUUUUGAAUCGACAUGUCGGAGGAGAAAGUCGUCGCCGUGAUCAUGGUUGGUGGUCCGACCAAAGGAACUCGAUUUCGCCCAUUAUCUUUCAAUACACCAAAACCACUGAUUCCUUUGGCUGGUCAACCUAUGAUUCAUCAUCCUAUCUCUGCUUGUAAAAAGAUAUCAAAUCUGGCUCAGAUUUUUUUGAUUGGAUUUUACGAGGAAAGAGAAUUUGCUUUGUAUGUCUCUUCAAUAUCUAACGAGCUGAAAAUUCCAGUCCGAUACUUGAAAGAAGAUAAACCCCAUGGUUCGGCUGGUGCUCUUUAUUACUUUCGUGAUAGAAUUAUGGAAGAGAAACCGUCACAUGUCUUCCUCCUGAACUGUGAUGUUUGCUGUUCUUUCCCUCUUCAAGGCAUACUUGACGCACAUCGAAGGUAUGGUGGUAUUGGAACUAUGCUAGUAAUCAAGGUUUCUGCAGAAGCAGCCAGCCAAUUUGGAGAAUUGAUAGCUGAUCCUGAUACUAAAGAACUCCUGCAUUAUACAGAGAAGCCCGAGACUUUCGUCAGUGACUUGAUAAACUGUGGUGUCUAUGUGUUUACCUCAGAUAUCUUCAAUGCCAUUGAAGAAGUAUAUAGCCAAAUAAGAGACGCCUCUAGCAACUACCAAUCUGCUACAAGGUCUGUUCCUGCGGAUUUUGUGAGAUUAGAUCAAGAUAUAUUGUCACCUCUUGCUGGAAAGAAGCAACUAUACACAUAUGAGAAUAAGGAUUUCUGGGAACAGAUUAAGACUCCGGGGAAAUCUUUGAAAUGCUCGGCUUUAUAUCUUUCCCAAUUCCGCCAAACAUCGCCUCAUAUUUUAGCUUCAGGAGAUGGUACUAAUAGGAAACCGAAUAUAAUUGGUGAUGUUUAUAUUCACCCAUCCGUAAAACUGCAUCCAACCGCAAAGAUCGGUCCAAAUGUGUCGAUCUCAGCAAACGUUCGUGUUGGACCUGGUGUAAGGCUUAUUAGCUGCAUAAUCUUAGACGAUGUUGAAAUCAAGGACAAUGCCGUUGUUAUAAACUCAAUUAUUGGAUGGAAAUCUUCUAUAGGUAGAUGGUCAAGAGUUCAAGCUAGUGGAGAUUAUAAUGAGAGGCUUGGGAUUACCAUUCUUGGUGAGGCUGUAACUGUAGAAGAUGAAGUUGCAGUCAUAGGAAGCAUUGUUCUCCAGAAUAAGACUCUUAAUCGAUUUCUCAAAUCGACUUUAAUGGCUGACGAAGAUUACAACGAAGUCGAUGACUUGGGAUAUGAGGAUGAGCCAGUUGAGCCUGAGAUCGAAGAAGGAGUAGAGGAAGAUGCUGAUAUCAAGGAGAACGAUGAUGUUAAUGGUGAGCCUAUGGAAACAGAAGAUAAGGUUGAAACAGAACCUGUGCAACGUCCACGUAAAACGUCCAAGUUUAUGACCAAGUAUGAACGUGCACGUAUCCUCGGCACUCGCGCUUUGCAGAUUAGCAUGAAUGCUCCUGUCAUGGUUGAGCUGGAGGGUGAGACUGAUCCACUUGAGAUUGCGAUGAAAGAGCUUAGGCAAAGGAAGAUUCCAUUUACCAUUAGACGAUAUCUACCUGAUGGGAGUUUCGAAGAAUGGGGAGUCGAUGAACUGAUCGUGGAAGACUCGUGGAAACGUCAAGUUGGUGGUGAUUGAUAAUCUGGCAAGAGACAAAAUCUAUGUACUUUGCAAGCUUUCUGCUCUCAUAUGGAUAAUGAACUUAUGAUACUUUUGUAGAACUGCGAAUUAGUGAAACUUAUGUAUAAUAUCGGUCUAGUCUUUUGUUUUAUAUUCAAACAUUUGCAAAACCAGAAGCCCAAAGCUGGGGUUUUUGUGGUUCCUAACUCUCAAGAGUAAACCAAACAAUCUUUUUUCCCGCCUAAUCGGAUUUCUCUCUCAAUAAGAAUAAAUUUUACAUUCAUUU